GGCUGCCCGGGCACGGGAGCUGAGCCGAACGUUGGGUGGCGGCGCGCGCGAGCCCGGUGGCGUGGCCGGCCGUGCAGGAGCCUGGCACUGCGUGCCGCUGGGCAUGGUGAGCAAGGGGCCGCUGCUGCGCCUGUUGACCGCCAUCAACCGAAGGAGGAUGAAGCUGCUUAUGGGGCUCGCCUUCGUCGCCUAUGUCGCCUCUGUAUGGGGAAACUUUGUCAAUAUGAGGUCUCUUCAAGAAAAUGGAGAUCAGAAGGUGGAAAGCAAAAUAGAGGAGGUUAUUGCACCUCUAAGGGAGAAAAUCAAAGAUCUAGAAAAAAGUUUCACCCAGAAAUACCCACCGGUGAAAUUUUUGUCAGAAAAGGAUCGUAAAAGAAUUCUGAUAACUGGAGGAGCAGGGUUUGUGGGUUCUCAUCUUACUGACAAACUAAUGAUGGAUGGCCAUGAGGUUACAGUUGUGGACAACUUCUUUACGGGCAGGAAAAGAAAUGUGGAGCACUGGAUUGGUCAUGAGAACUUCGAACUGAUAAAUCAUGAUGUCGUUGAGCCCCUGUACAUUGAAGUGGACCAGAUCUAUCAUCUAGCAUCUCCUGCUUCUCCUCCAAAUUACAUGUAUAAUCCUAUAAAAACAUUAAAGACCAACACGAUUGGGACAUUGAACAUGCUGGGGUUAGCUAAACGUGUUGGAGCACGGCUGCUGCUGGCCUCUACUUCAGAGGUAUAUGGAGAUCCUGAAGUUCACCCUCAAAAUGAGGAUUACUGGGGACAUGUGAAUCCAAUAGGACCAAGAGCCUGCUAUGAUGAAGGAAAACGAGUUGCAGAGACCAUGUGCUAUGCAUACAUGAAGCAGGAAGGAGUUGAAGUGAGAGUUGCCAGAAUAUUCAAUACCUUCGGCCCUCGAAUGCACAUGAAUGAUGGUAGAGUUGUCAGUAACUUCAUUCUACAAGCUCUCCAGGGAGAACCACUGACAGUCUAUGGACCUGGAACUCAGACAAGAGCUUUCCAGUAUGUCAGUGAUCUCGUGAAUGGAUUGGUGGCAUUGAUGAACAGCAACGUCAGCAGUCCUGUCAACUUGGGAAACCCAGAAGAGCACACUAUCUUAGAAUUUGCCCAGUUAAUCAAAAAACUUGUUGGGAGUGGGAGUGAAAUCCAGUUUCUCUCAGAAGCACAGGAUGACCCUCAGAAACGAAAACCUGACAUCAGAAAAGCCAAGUUAUUGCUUGGCUGGGAACCUGUGGUCCCACUGGAAGAAGGUUUGAAUAAAGCAAUUCAUUACUUCCGUAAAGAACUUGAAUAUCAGGCAAACAAUCAGUAUAUCCCCAAACCAAAACCUGCAAGGAUGAAAAAAGGAAGAACAAGACAUAACUGAAGACUGUUAGUUGGACAGGAAAUUCCUUGCUUGACAUUUGACAGAUGUGAUUUUUUGUUUGUUUGUUUUGUUUUGUUUUGGGAGAGACUUUGAAACAGGUAUCAUGAAGAACAAACUGGAAUUUCAUUCUGAAGCUUGCUUUAAAGAAGUGGAUGUGCCUAAAAAUAACAAACCAUUAUUCCCCUUCCCCUGCAAAUCUUGCCUUGCACUUUUUAAAUCUGUCUUUUUAUGUAAAAUAGAGUAGAAGCAUCUUUUAGUAUCUUCAAGUUUUAUAUCUUGCUGUGAGAUCAUUUUGUUGUGACUGUCCUUGACAGUUUUAUUUACUGGUUUCUUUGUGAAGCUGAAGAUAAACACAAAUGGGGUGGAAAAUGCCAAUUUAUUUAUAAAUGGGAACUAUAAAAUAUGGUAUGUUCUACUAUGCAUAAGAGAAAGCUAGUGGUGUUGUCAGGUGACAGAUACUGACAUCUAAGCAUUGAGGAGUUUGAGAGAAUUCUGUAUGAGAGCUUUAUGUAUUCUUUAAAGGAGAGAUUUUUUUCCAAAGGUUUAGUUUUAGUUGUACACUUGAAUUGGAGAUAUUUUCAUUGAUUACCAUGGAUAAGGAUAUUUUGAAUCACUACUGUGUUGUGCAUACUCUGGGAAUAAAGUUAAUGUAUUAUUGGUUACAGUGGUUGAAUAUGCUAUUUUAAUAAAAUAUUGAAACUUCUAUUUACUAAUUUCAGGGUUUUACUGUGGGCACUUCUCUGGCUUUAAACAUCUGUGCAUUUAUGGUGUGUUAAUUAGAAAGUAAUAGUCUGUAAAUAAUUGACUCACAGUUAAUAACGUUGAUUUUUCACUGCUUGUCUCUUAAGAGAUAAAUUACAGGUUGCAGAAUGUCUGUUGAAAUAGACUGGACAAAACCAUCAGGAUUUAUUCCAGUUGAGAUGGUUGAUAUAGUUGAUGCUGGAGUACAAGAUAUUCUCAAAGUGUAGCCUCCCUAAUGGAGGAAAUGUUCCUGUUUCAAGCAGUUAUUGUAUUGCCAGUAAACACUUUCAGCUUUGAUGAUGAUGUCUGUCGUAUAAAAAAACCC